AUAAAUAUAUCCCCAAGCGAUAUGAAAAAAACAAUAAGGAACUACUGGAUUACAAAAUGUAUUCUGAAAUAUAUCGUCUUCAAUGUAAUUGCCUUAAGUUCAGCUUCAUCGAAUCGUCCACUUAAGUUUACGUCAGAUCAGAGUCUCCCGUUGUCUAAUAAUUAUGAUACAGUUAUAUCUGAACAUGAAAACGAACCUACUUAUAAAACAUCCGUUGCUUUCAAUUAUAAAAAUAGAAAAGACACAGAUAUUGAUAAUGACAAGCGUUUUGCGUACAAUACUGACAACUUUGAUGAUGAUACAAAUAUAUUGGCAAAAAACGAAACGAAUAUCGUUAAUAACGAUCAAGCUGAAAGCGAAACGGUAUUCAAUGAACACAUAGACAAGACCAAUGAGCAGGAAAUAACGAAUAGUAACGUAACUACGAUCUACUUAGCUGGAUACGAUGACGAGAUUAUUAAAUUAAAACUAGACAUCGAAGAAAAAGGCGAAGGUACUGAACUUCUUAUAUGUUUUUACCUAUGCAAAGACUUACACUACAAUGAUUUAGGUUGCGUCUACACUGAUAUUAAAAAUCUACAGGAUGUUUCAUGGAAAUACUCACAUAUAUUUUGCGUAGAUAGUCAAUUUUUAAAACCUACAUGGUGUUUGGAUGACGUGUAUGCUACAUACAAUUUUCCUAAGCGCAAAGAAACUACAGAUGGUAACGAUCGUCCACUACAAAAUAUUGAAUAUACAGUCAAUGGAAUGUGCAAGAAUAAAAUUAUAAAACCAAAAAAGAGUAAUAUAAACUAUAUCAAUAAUAUAUUUCCACUUAAACAUAGUAAAUAUUUUCCAAACACUAUUCGCCCAAUUGAAAAUGACUUACAAGAUACUGACAUAAAUAUUGACAUUAAUCAAAAAUUAAAAGAACUAGGUAUCACCAGAAAAAAUGUCAACACGAGAUAUCUAAAUCCUAACUAUUAUAACACGCAAGAUUAUAUUGAUCCCAAUAGUGGUAUAGUAGAAAAUCCUUUAAGAAAAGAAAAUAAACGAACCAAUUCAUCUAUUUAUCCUACAACAUUUAAAAAUAUGAUCAGUUAUAACCAUAUAAAUGAUAAAGUUGAUGACGGCAAUGACCUUAACUACGCUGCUAUAAUACAUAGUACGGAACCUGAUAUAAUACCAAAUAUUAACAACGAUGAAAAUAAUGAUAACGAGCUUGAAAACUUUAGAAAAACUGAAACAACUGACGUCUUAGAAGAUUCAAUACCAAGUUUCCCUGAAACAGUUAACGGUACAUAUACUAACGAAGCUAAUGUUUUACAAUGUGGAAAUUAUUCGUUAUUAACGAAUAAAAUAGCUACUAAUGCAAACGAUUCAAAUUAUGCAGACUAUGGACGGUCUGACAGCAAAGUUUUUGAUGAAAACUUAACGAAUUUCACAGCGUGUGAAACUGAUAAACUUGGACCUCUAAGUAUAGAAAUUAUAGUGGAAGAUAAUCCUUUAUAUCGUAAUUUUUUACCGGAUAUAGAUUCAUUUAUUGCAAAUAGUUUACAAUCUCAAUACCCAUGUAAAGCUGAGCCCAAAUCUACGGUAACAGUUCAACCACAAACUCCAUCGACAACAUAUUCGUAUUUGCCAUUUGAAUCAAACCAAGAACUUGAAAUUAUACCACUAAGCAACAAUACAGCUCAACCUUAUCUUGAUACUUACAGUCUAAGUUCUACACCUCAUUAUCACAAAUCCACUCCACAAUUAGACUCAAAUGUGUUGCGAGAAUUAGAAGAAAUUAAAUUAAAAUCUAUUCCCAUACCCGAAAGUUUAAAUUUAAGAAAACCCUUUCAUUACCCAAUAUUUAAAUCAACAAUCAAAACACCACCUGUUCUAAUACCACAAUCAGACACGGAAGAAAAUGAAUCAAAUAUAACUCUUAAACUUCAAAAUGAAAUACAAGAACAUUUAGUACCAAGUCUCUCAGAUGCUAAUUCAAAAUUAACACCACCGUAUGCUCUAUUUGAUAAAAUAUACAAUGUAGAUAAGCUAAACGAUAUUAUAAUACCGAUUCGUGGAACAGUUAUAGUGAAAUACGAACCAAAUGAUUUAAUUAAAACCAAUAUAAAAACUAAUAAUCCUGAUAUAGAACUAAAAGUGUGGACGUCUAAACUGAGACUAUUGAAAGCGAGAAUUGUUUUAGACGAGGUUGAAUUGAUGACGUUUAAUUUUGUUCCAAUCGUUAAGAAUAUUUCAAACUACAAACCAGAAAUGAUUCUAGACACGGUUAAGAGGCAGUACCAUCUCGGCUCGCCACGCCACGAGACGGAACUGGCGGGAGUGUCACAACGGUGUCGAUAA